AUGGAUACCUUCGAGACCAGCAAGCCCGACCGCUUGCACCAGUCGCUUAGCAAUGCGUGGGCAAGUUUCCUCGGCGCUCAACAGUGCGGUCGCGAGAUCAGCUCCCUCAAGGGGGCUCUUGACGAACACGCCCGGGAAACCAACCUCUCAAUUGCGUCAUUGAAGAGAGACGCUGUGACCAAAAAUGAAGUCCUCUCCGCUGCUAUUUCCGAUGCCAAGUUCAAGAUCGACCAGCAUGCUGCACAUCUGAAGGAGGUUAGCGUCUCGCCGGCCCAGCUCUCUACUCUUCAGCUGGCGCUCGAGCAGGAUAAGGAAGAUAGCUCGAAGAAGAUAUCCGAGCUAUCUGAGAAGGUGGCGGCUCAAGGGAGCUGUCUGGACGGGUUGCAGUCUAGUACAUCUCGGGAAUUGAACGCAAUCCAAGAGCAAUACCGCUUGGCGCUCGAGGAAGUUGUGUCUCUUCAGAACGAGUUGAGGGAGGUCCGAGCAGAUAAGCUCGCUUUAGAGCAGAGGCUGGCUGCACUCGAGACCCAGGUUGCGGCCUUGGCUCAGGGUAGCAGAGAAAUGCCUGACGACAAUGUCAAGCUCCUGAAGGGAUUUCUUCCCCCGUGGGGAAAUCCAAUGGCGCUGUUGGAUUCUCAACGACAACAAGAAACUCUCGCGCUAGGUUCAGUAUUGCCCUCGUGCCAGAGGGACAAUCCGCGCUCACAAACCCCAACUGCCCUCAAUGGGAACAACAUCCGUGAACCCCCACCACGUCAGAUCGCAGCGGGCGGCCAGCAAAACGUCGGCAAGAAUAAUCUGUCUCCAGCGGCUACAAAGAGAACGAUAGAAGAGCGGACACAAGAACCGCCCAAACGCCCAAGACAACACGAGGAUGCCUGUCAGGAUAUUCGUUCACUCUACCUCGUCUUUCGGGAGAGAUACAAGACAAAGCCGCCCAAAUCGGAUACAGCCUUCAUCUGGCAAUUCAUCGGCAGCAUCGAGGACCAAGCCAUGUCGAAAUACAUCCAAGAGUCGUUGACCGCCAUGCUUCCCGAGCACGUCACUCCUUGUAGAGACAUGAGGCGCAAGAAUCCGCGAAAGCAUGUGACUAUCUCCAAGGGGCUGACGUGGAGAAAAUUCCGGGAGGCACUGGUCAAUAUCCCGGGCCCGUCUUGA